GUCGCCAACACAUUGACUUCCGGGGCGUUUGUUGUUCAACUUGUGUUGUGUACUCACAGUACUGAUAAUUGCAAUUUCUGCGUUAGACAAGGACAUACCAAGAAUGUCUUCAAGCACUGAUGAUGAAGGUGAACCAUCUCACUUGUCUCUAGAAGAAAUUCAGUCAUGGAAAGUUGUUGAACUAAAAAAUUGGCUUGAAAAUCACAGGCUUAAAAAAUCUGGGAAUAAAGAGGUAUUGGCAAAGAGAGUUUACAAAGCCAUGAGGCAUGGUUAUGAUUCAUCAGAAGAUUUCAUAGAUACAGAUGAAGAAAUAGAGAAAACUGUUCCUGUUCAUCCUUCAACAGAUUCAUGGAAAGAACUUGACUCUACUGAUAUUCCUGAAAUUUCUCAUAAGGCCAUUGAUAUUUAUUUUAAAUGUCAUAAAAAUCCUGUAACUGGAGAAAGGUUAAAUUUCGAGAGACAAAUGAAAAAAGCAAAGCGUCUGUGCAAUGAAGGGUUCAUAAGAGAAAUUGAAUACAAUAAAGGAAACAGUGAUUUUUGUUACAUGCGAUCAACUUGUCUUCCAUCAAUGAAACAGACUGUUCAAGUUGGAUUUGGAAAAAGUGCUAAAUAUUAUUCUUUGAAUGUUUGUAUAAAGAAAAAGUCAGGCAUUGUUGUAAAUGCUUUAUGUAAUUGUAAAGCCGGAGAGGCAGGUCUUUGUGCUCAUGUUGGAGCAUUAUUGUAUGUACUUGUAAAAACAAAAAAUUCCUGUACAUCUAAUCAGUGUGUGUGGAAUAGACCUACACCUUUGAGAAGAAAACCAAGUCCAAAAAGAGUUGGAGAUAUUAGUUUUUCAAAAACAGAAAAAGAUAAUAUUGUAGACAAAGUUCGUCCUUUCCCAGGCAUUUAUAAUCCUGGACCUUGUCAAAGUGAAUGCAGCUCAUUUUUGAAUGAUAUUUUGGAUGGCUUAAAAGAUAUUUACCCACAAUGUGUCUUGUAUCAAACUUUAAGAGCAGAGCAUGUUAAUAUAGAUUCCUUUUUGAAUAUUUUUUUGCCAGAUUUUAUGUAUAGGGACAAUGUAAAUCUAAAAUCAAAAGAAUGUGUUGAAAAUUUUAAAUCUUUUGUAAACAAUAUGAAUAUAACAACAGAGGUUAGUGAACUGUUAGAAAAAGGGAACUAG